GUAGCAGAUCUUACCAAAGAAGAGAACAGAGAUCAAGAAAAGGAAAACUGUCAAAGAGAGAAGUUUAGGCAAAGGGAAGACGAAAGAAAGGAAGAGAAAAAUCUAAAGGAAGAGGAAAAGCUCAGAAAAGAGGACGAAACAAGGAUAAAAGAAAAAGAAAAGCGAAGGGAAAAAGAGGAAAAACGUAUAGAAGAGGAAGAAAAGCGAAUGGAAAGAGAGGAAAAACGAAUAGAAGAGGAGAAAAUUCGUAAGGAAGCGGAAAAAAAACGUAGAGAAGAGGAGGAAAAACGUAUAGAAAAGGAGGAAAAGCGUAAGAAAAGGGAGGAAAAACGAAUAGAAGAGGAGAAAAGGCGUAAGGAAGAGGAGAAAAAACGUAGAGAAGAGGAAGAAAAGCGUAGAGAAGAGGAAGAAAAGCGUAGAGAAGAGGAAGAAAAGCGCAAGGGAAAG